AUGGCUGCGCCAGUAGCCGCCAUUCCGUCCACCGAUGUUGAUAUGGUAUCGGAUUCCAUGGAUACCGUUUCUCCCCCGCUUCGACGCCGCACCAACCUACCAGCUCUCGACAACGACUCGGCGCAACAGAUAAUCAAUGCUAUUACCCAGGUAGGGGCACAACUCAUCGACCGCAUCGACCAGCUGGGAGAGAGUGUCAACCGGCUUGAAGGGAGUAUCGGCCGGCUAGAAGGGAGUGUCGACCGGCUGGAAGGGAGUGUCAGUCGGCUAGAAGGGAGUGUCGACCGGCUAGAACAGACCGUCAACAAUCCUACCAACCAUAUCGCCUUGCUGGAAGGGAGUGUCAACACCCUCACGGAUACAUUAAACGCACUGCAGAUCAGAUAA